CUCCUCCUCUUCCUCUUCCUCUCCCUGUGCACUGAAGCCGGUUCUGACGAACAGCGCUACUUUGUCGAAAAUUUCCUACUAUAUUACAUAUUUAUAGUUAGCGCUUUAAAACCGUAGGUAGGAUAUUUUGUUAACUUAAAUCACUUUGUCACGAAAUUCUACCAGCAGCAAAAGUACAGGAGCGAUAUUCUGAGAGUUUGAAUCACUUCAUCAAAAAGUGCAACCAGCUGUAAAAUUACAGCAUGUAGAACAGCUCGAUGAACAGGACACGUUGUUAGAACACCCCGGAGCUCAUAGAGUUACAGACUAUUGCAUUCAAGUGACCAGCUGAAGAAGACCCAUCUGAGCCAUCUGAGAGUGAGAUGGCAGUCCAGGCAGACAGAGUAAUGGCAUUGGAAGAAUGGGAGGAGAGGUGGAAUGAAGGCAGGAUUGGCUUCCACCAACCGCACAUUCACAGAAUGCUGGAGAGCAAUAUAGACAAAGUUUUAUGUGGACGACAGCAAGUUAGGUUCUUCUUCCCUCUCUGUGGUAAAGCUGUAGACAUGAAAUGGCUGGCUGACAUGGGUCAUGUGGUUGUUGGGGUGGAGUUUUCAGAGAAAGGCAUAAAGCAGUUUUUUGAAGAACAUGGACUGCAGUAUAAAGAAGAGCCAGUGCCAGAUGUACCUGAAGCAAAAGUGUUCAAGAGUUCCGACGGAAAGAUCUCCAUCUAUCAGUGUGAUUUGUACAAGUUCUCCAGUGCUAUAGAGGGUCAGUUUGGUGCAAUUUGGGAUAGAGGUUCUCUAGUGGCCAUAAACCCAUGUGACAGGCAGAAGUAUGCCGCUCUUAUCAAGUCCUUAAUGGACAAGGAUUGCAGAUACCUGCUAGACACACUAGAAUACAACCCUGAACUCUAUAAAGGUCCACCUUUUUUGGUGCCUGAAGAGGCUGUACAAGCAUUAUAUGGUGAAGAUUGUGACAUUAAGCUGUUGCAGGCUGCGGAUGCCCUUGAAGAAAAACAUAAAGCAUGGGGAAUAGAUUCACUUCUAGAGAAAGUCUACCUUCUGACUUUAAAAGCUAAAUGAACUAAUCGAACAGAUGUGGCCUGUGGGCACAUACACAGUAUUAUGACAUACACUCACUUAGCACUUUAUUAGAUACACUUAUUUUCCAUUCCAUAUCAGCUACACUUACCAUAUAAGAGUACUUUAAAGUUCUACAGUUACAGGCUGUAGUCCAUUUGUUUCUCUGUAUAAUUGUUAGCCCCCUUUUACCCUGUUCUUCAGUGGUCAGGACUACCGCAGAGCAGGUAGUACGUUGGUGGUGUAUCAUACUCAGCACUGCAGUGACACUGAUAUGAUGGUUGUGUGUUAUUGUGUUACGUGGAUCAGACACAGCAGUGCUGCUGGAGUUUUUAAACACUGUGUCCACUCUACUAGACACACCUACCUUGUUGGUCCACCUUGUAGAUGUAAAGUCAGAGACAGUAGCUCAUCUGUUGUUGCACAAUUUAUGUUUGUCAUCCUACAGUCCUUCAUCAGUGAUUCUGCCCACAGGACCCAGUUGGCUGGAUAUUUUUAGUUGGUGGACUAUUCUGAGUCCAGCAGUGACACUGAACACUGCUGUGUCUGUUCCACUCAUACCAG